UCAACCGAAUUGUGAAGUAGUGGAAUGUUGCUUGCCUCCCUGGAUUCAGCCCGACAUUAGCAAGAUGAUUCAAUCGUUGUCAUCUCGUGUGCACGGCCAGCACUUGGUGCAAGAUGUUGUUAUGCCCGCCAUCAUCAGCCAUUUCCAAGACCCACAGCCUAACAAGGCACUUGUGAUCAGCUUGCAAGGUGAAACUGGCACGGGUAAGAAUUUCGUAUCGCAAUUGGUGGCUGAAGCUGUUUUCAAGAAAGGCCUCACAAGCAAAUACAUUCGAAAGUUCAUCGCUUCAGUCGAUUUCAAACUCAUGAAUGAAACUGACAUCUAUAAAGUGGAACUCGCAGACAAAAUACGUGAAAGUGUGAUGGCAUGUGAGCGGUCGAUGUUCAUCUUCGAUGAGGUGCACAUGAUGGCGCCCGAGCUGCUGAAUGCUCUCAAGCCCUUCGUCGACUCCCACACUGAGAUACACGGCGUCGAUUACAGGAAAGCCACGUUUUUGUUUCUGAGCAACGCUGGCACUACGGCGAUCCGCAAGUUUGUUCUGGAUUGGUUGACAGCGGGCAAGCAGCGAGCCGACAUUACGCUUGAAGACAUGGAGGGUCGUGUGGCGGCAGGCGCCUUCGAAGAAAAAGGAGGGUUGAAAAAUAGUGACCUAAUCAAGCACGCUCUGGUUGAUCUCUUCGUGCCGUUCUUGCCCAUGGAGCGUAAGCACAUCGAGCUUUGUGCGCGCGAUGCGUUGGCAUCUAAGGGAGUCAUACCCGAUCCUGCGAUCAUCAAAAGAGUGGCUGAUACCAAGGUCUACGAGCCGCAAGACAACCCCGUCUUUGCAACCCAAGGCUGCAGGAACGUGGCGGCGAAAGUUAAUGUUAGUUCACCUGUGAACCCCGUGUGA